AUGCUACCGUCCUUGUGGCCCGACAUCCACCGCAAUGUAUCAGACGUCAUCGUGCAUGUUCUACCUGCAGACACGGUGAGUUUAGUACUCUCGUCUACGCUUGCUGCAUUCUACCGAAACUUACGCCUGGACGCAGAAGUCAGGGCGAAGAUGGUUACGCACGCCACGACCUCCAAGAUAUCUGUUCGAACUCCCACCCAACAUACUCUCAACUUCGAAAUCAACUUGAACUACGCACACGCGCGUGAUCUGAAGCUGCUUUUGCAGCAGAGGAUCGAUGUGCCUGUCGAACAGCAGAUCCUUCGCUACAAACAUCCGAGGAGAUUCGAGGUUCACGAGGGCGAUCCUCUCAUGCAAUGCGAUGUUCGCGCCAACAGCACCCUCAUCCUUGACCUCAAGCCAAGGAAAGCCAAAGCGUAUUCCGGCGUUGUCAGUCGGGCGAGACGUUGA